AUGAUGCCCAGUAAUAAGAAGGGAAAUGAAUUGCUUGAAAUUUCUCAUCACAAGUGCAAGCGGAUUGAAUUACUACAACAUUCCGGAACAAUUUUGAAAAACGGAGAAGAAGCAUGCAAACAAUUUGAAGAAGAUGAUGAUUAUUUUGAUGAUGGUCAUGGUUUAUUUGAAAGCGAUGAUGAUGAUGAUGAACAGACACCGGCACCCCAAAGCUCCACUUCCAAUAACAACAACGCAAGCACUACGACUCAAUCAACAACCUUGGAACCCUAUACGUAUUGGUAUCAUAGCGUGCCGUAUUCUGAAGAAUCGCAUUCAUUGACCGUCUUGUAUCAAAAUCGUUUGUUUGAAGUGAGAAUUUCAUUACAAGAUAUCACGGUUCAUACUUUAUUGGACGCUUUGAAUUUAGCAGUCAUUGAUCCCGAGCAGUAUUCGGGCCCUACUAGUAGAAUGUUGGAUAUGUAUUCUGAAGAUUACAAGGAGAUUGUAAAGUUUCGAUGGAAAUCUCACAUGGAAAGACUCUAUUCCUCAAGAAAACCAGAAAAUUCGACCAAGAGUGAUGAUGACGACAAUGAUGACAACGAUGUAUUGAUCACACAACACGUGAUGAGCGAAAGAAUUCCGUGCAAUGUGGUGUCCUACAAUGAUGCAACCCUGAAUAUUCGGGAAACCUAUGUUCUAUUUCAAGCUCUAACAGUUGAUGAAAAAACAGGAUUGGCUUACAUGUUUGGAGGAGCCAUUCAUUCCAUUCCCCGAAAAGUGUCCAAACUCUUUGUUGCCAUUGAUUUGGAACGAUUAUGUAUCAUUGAAUCACAAGAAAUUGAUGAGAUGAUUCCUCUCGAAGGUCAUACCAUGGUAAAGAGAGGUGACAAACUUUAUAUAUUUGGAGGAAACACAACAGGUUCCUUGUUCGUGAACGAUUUGUAUGAGAUUGAUAUUUCUCGUUUUGAACAAUAUUGUUUGGAAUUGAGACGAAGAGAUGAGCAAGGGCUUGACAUCAAGGAUCUUAACAUGCCCAUUCCAACCGCAAGAAAAAUUACUGCAACUAAUCACUCGAUUGUGACCAAUCGUUCCUAUCACACUGCUGAAUAUUUGCCAAAAUAUGAUAUUAUGGUGAGUUUUGCGGGAAAGGUCAGAAAAGGUGCUGACGCCCCCAUGCUCUCUGAGAUUUUAAUUUAUCACUUUAAGAGAAACGAAUUUCAAAUUAUUCAAUCUGAGAAUAUUUUGAAUCCAUCCAUCACGACUUCCAAUUUACCAUGUGCUCACGUGUGUCAUUCCACUCGUAUUUAUGGCUACGAAAAGCAUUAUUUUGAUGCAAAUUACAAAUUUGCAAGUGGACUUGAAAAUUGCUAUCAGAUGGCUGUUUAUGGAGGCUGCAAGAACACUGAAUAUGACAAUGACACUGCACACGAUCCACAUCUUUACAUAUUCUCAUUCAUUCCACACGGACAACACAAAAAUUCAUCCUUGUCUUCAUUAUCCUCAAGCAAUCUUUUGGAUGUGUACAUUACUAAAAUUCUCAUUGUGGAACGUGUCAGCUCUACCUAUACCAAUAUUUCAUGGGUUCCACAAGCUUCGAGCUUUUACUUUUUGGGAGCCUAUGCGACUCAAUCCAGUAACAAAAUCUCAAUCUUUACCAUGAAUUUUUCAGAAACUGGAACUAUUGAAAGGCAAUUCCAACAUAGACUUCUUCCAUUGCUAUUCUCGAACCAUUUCACAGACCUUUCUUUCGAGUUUACCAGCAAUUAA